UUGCUUGCGGCAGUCAAAGUUAUCUCAUCAAGCCUUCCAACCGUGACUCGAGUCAGCCAUUCUGUAUUUACUUCCAGCAGGUGACCAGCACUAUCAACUUACCCAAGCCAUUGACUUCGGCCGUCAUGCCUCCUCAGCGCCGCGCACCCAUUGAAUAUGAUUGUGAUGCGUGUGGAGCUCAUAAUGUUGAUGCUAUUCGUUUGACGAGGCAUCGAAACCAGUGCAAAGCAAUGCGCACCAGAGCCCGCCGUGCCUACGAGAAGUGCGUACAGCUUUACGAAAAGCGUCUGGCAGCCAAAGUGCGUGCAAAGGUGGAGAAAUUAGCCUCUGUCAGGGCUGCGGCAUCGCAUCCAAUGCCAACCACUCAAACACUCACAGGCCGCACUACCAGUGGCAAUCAUAGCUAUUGCAGGGACUUGGCGGAUUUGGGCGAAGGUUCUUCAAAGGGCCCUUUCACUCCGAGUUAUCCGGUCCCUGAGCCUCUACCAAGAUUGACACCUCCGCUGCCCCAUACCCCAUCAUUCUUACUCGAACACCACACGGACGCUAGUACCUGUGUUCAGGAAGACGUGCAUGACUUCGACAUGUGCUAUGCCCCGCAGUCGCCCCCUCCACAAAACCCCUCCGUUGCUCAAAUUCCCCUGAUUCCGCCGUCACAGAUCAAACGGAUACGAAAACCGGCUAGAGUCAGAGCGGACUCCCAGUCAUCUGCGGCAGAUGACUCUGAAGAUGGCCAUCUCACAAAAUCCGUGAAAAAAGACUCGGAUCCCAUGAAAUCAAAAGGCCGAAUAUUUGGCCGGAUUGGUGAGAUGUGGCGGCCAUUUGCCAGUAUACUGGAUGAUAGUUUGGGCCGGGAGCCCGAUGACGAUGCCCAGGCUUACACAACUAUGUCAGUUUGCUACAUUUUUGCGUUCAUUUGUUUACGUUGUUUCGUCAGCCAAAACAUCCACUACGAGAUUUACCGGGAGCUUGUCAAAAUAGCUCCUGGUAUUCCCGAUGAAAUUAGGCGUCUUGGAGCUCAAGGCACUGCGACCAUGAGCGCUAAGUUGGAAGCUGGUCGACGUGGCUCCCGCAGCGAAGACAUAAAUUCUAUGAAGGACAAGAUUGGCCGGUGGCGCACUUUUCAUCCUGACUGCGGAAAGCUUUUGUGCCCUGCAAGUUUGGACUGGAAUGAUUCAAGGCAUGUAGCUUACUGUCACGCUUCUAGCAUACUGAAACUACCGGCAGCGUUCGCAAAUUUGCGCGACGGCAUUACGAAAGCGAGGCCCGAUGAUUUCCCGCUAUUCCUUUACUCAGACGAGCAAGUAGAUACUGAGGAUCUUUUCCAUGGCUUCCUACGGAAUAUGAUUCUUGUUAAGGCUGGUGACGCUCACGGAUAUCUUCACGUCUUUCGCGGCCCAAGUACCGCGACGAAUUCAGCACGAUCAGGCACACGCAAAGGCAAUGCAGCCACUCACUCCAUUAAUAAGGUUUCUGUUCCUUCCAUAGCUUAUAUUGCCACACUGAUCCGUUUUGUGCUUUCCGAUCAACCGACGUUCAGCGCUGGAGGGACUUCUGGUCACUGGCCAUAUCGGACAUUCUAUCGCACACUUCUGGAGGUUGUCAGUAUCAUGGAUUCUCACGAGCGAGAGGAUCUGUUAAAUUGGUGGAACGACAAAAUCUAUGCUGACUUCGCGGACCUUGAGGAGGAAAACGACGGCGUGUUGAGUAUGGCUGCUCGGAUGAAAGCCCAAGCUACCGCGAGUAUUUCGGGGUCACGGCCAAGGCCCAGGCCAGUGGCUGUCAACCGUGAAAAUCGUGACAAUGUGCUGGAAUCAAUUGGUACGAGCUAGAGCCAGCGAGAUGGUUGUCAGUUUGUACUAUCAUAUGCUCAAUAAUGUGUUUUAUUUGGUUUACAUUCUAUGGGUAUUGUAAGCCUCGAGUGACAUUCCAAUUUCGCGACACUAUGGUA